AUGUGUAGUCAAAAGAUUGACCAACUAUAUAAAAAAAAUCCGAAACAUGGCUUUGUUUUUCUUCAAGACCGUGCAUAUUUCAAGCACUUUUUCAAAUCACAUUCUAAUUUUGCAAAAAAUUCAAAAAAUUCAAAAAAUUCUGAUGAUAUUCUCAAAAAAUUCAGCGGAGUCUUUUGGAAUUUCGGUCUUAAAAUCGAAACUGAUGAAAAAUUUCAAAAUUUUGCAAAGCCAUUUGAACAAGAACUUGAUAAAAGUUCAUACGAAAAGGCAAUGAAAUACACAAAAUAUGAUAUAGAUGAAGUCAUUUCAGACAAAAUUCUUGCAAAAAGUGAAACAAUUUGUGUAUACAAAGUAAAAUAUCCAGGUGAUGUUUAUAUUAAAGAUAUAACAAUCAUAAAGAAUGAUAUAGUAAAAGACGGAUAUUUACCUCUCAGCAUUCAACCAGAUUUUGUAUCUGCUGACAAUAUGUAUUCUCUGUACACGAUUUCUCAAGGAAGAGACAUUUCUUACAUCGUCGGUCCUGCUUUUCCAGAUGAUGAAUUCACAAAUACAUUUUACAGCACGAAAAAAAUAGAUGGAAACAAACUUAUCAACGAUGAUAUCAUUAAAAAAUUCGAUAAGUAUCAACCAGAAAUAUAUUCUGAAGAAUAUUAUUCUGACUACAAUGAAGAAAAACAAUAUUAUAGCGAUCAAUCAGAUAAUGAUCAUUCUGAAGAAAAACAAUAUUAUAGCGAUCAAUCAGAUAAUGAUCAUUCUGAAGAAAAACAAUAUUAUAGCGAUCAAUCAGAUAAUGAUCAUUCUGAAGAAAAACAAUAUUAUAGCGAUCAAUCAGAUAAUGAUCAUUCUGAAGAAAAACAAGAAAAAAGCGAGCAACCAGAUAAUGAUCAUUCUGAAGAAAAACAAUAUUAUAGCGAUCAAUCAGAUAAUGAUCAUUCUGAAGAAAAACAAGAAAAAAGCGAGCAACCAGAUACUAAAAUUACAUUUGCAGUUCGCCAUAGUUGCAUUGCAAAAUUCAAAUAUACUCAUACUUUUUACAAUACAGUUGAUAAGCCAGAUCAAUUAGAUUAUCCAUCAAAUGUCUUACUUCAGAUUGAAGAGUACUGCAAAUUUGCUCAUAAUGCAAUCAAAUCCCAUUCAAAUUCUGAGCAAAAAGUUCGUUUGUUUGGAUAUUGUAAUGGAGGAAGCGAAUUCUUGGAUUCUAUAGACAAAAAAUACAAGACUAGUUUUAGCAAAGUAACAUCUCUUGGUAUAUUUUCGGAAUUCGAAGAUGACAUAUUGAAUAUUUGUGUAAUCGAGCCAAAUAUUGAUAUAAAAUAUUUACAAGAAUCAGUGAAAUCAGUUAAUCAUAUAGAUUCGACUGUUAUCCUUUCCCACGGCCCACUUCAAGAUACCGAUCAAGAAAAAGAAGAAUUCAAUAAUUUCGAAACCAUCGCCAAAAUAUUAGCUAUAUACGUCACUUUGGUUCAGUUUAGAGAUAUUGAUUUCAAGACAAUCAUUGAUAUAACCGGCCUUCGUUAUGUCAAAGAUAAAACUUCACAAAAACCUGAUGAUACUUCAUCUAGACAGAAGGGCAAAUCAUCUAGACAUAAGGGCAAAUCAUCUAGACCGAAGGACAAUCUAUCUGAACAUAAGGGCAAACCAUCUAAACAAAAGGGACAUUCAUCUGGACAGAAGAGCAAGUCAUACAAACGAAAGUGA